AUGGCGUGCAGUUUGCCAUCCAUAACUAGCUCUUCUUCAUUCACUAUUGAAAACUCACAGAAAAACGAAGGCAGGCUUCGUAAAUCAUGGUCAAGUAAAAAUUUAACCAGAAGGGCUGGAAUACGAAGAGCUUUUUCCGACAACAAUCUAUUUUGUCGUGUCAGUCGUAUUCAGGCAUCAACGGUUGAGCCAAAGUUGAAAAGUAGCAGUAGUUCAGCUGGCUUCUUCAAUAUUCAAUUAUCAAGUACCAUGAUCCCCGAUACACUAAAGCCAUUUUUAUUUGAUCUAGAGCUGAGUAAAGAGAUUACUAUUGAGGACAAAUUGGUCGAGAGUGAACGAGAAGAUGAGAUAGACGUGGAGAAGGUCAAGAAACGAGCAAAUUGGAUCGAAAGACUUAUGGAAAUCCGGGAUAGUUGGAAAGAGAAACAACAAAGGGAAGAUGUUAAUGAUGUUGGGGAAAACAAUGAAGCUUGUGAUGAAGAUGGAGGUUGUGAAGUUGAUUAUGAUGAUGAUGCAGAAGGAAAGGAAAUGAAUAUUGACGGUAAAAUAUUUUCUUCAUUGUUGGGGAAAGUAUCCUGGUCGGAUACUAAGUACUUCUCAAAAUUGGCCUUUCUAUGUAACAUGGCCUAUGUGAUCCCUGAUAUCAAGACCAGGGACCUAAGCAGAUAUUAUGGCCUUGAAUUGGUUACAUCUUCGCUAGAGAAAAAGGCAGAAGCAGAAGUUACGAAAGACAAACCUGAGCAGGAUUCCACUACUGUGCAUGUAGCAACGUCAGCAAGUGUGGAUUCUAUUUCAACAAAAACAAUGGACCGUGAGCAAAAAUGCCGUCUUCGGCCAUCUGAUGCUUAUGAAAUUGCAGCAUCAGCAGCAGUUUAUGUCCAAUCCCGAACCAAGGAUGACCUCCAAGAAGAGGAGAAGAAGAGCUCUUCCCACCGAGUUUCCAAGUCAGAAAUGGCAGCAUCUGUAGCAGCAUCAACAGUGACAGCAGUGAUUGCUGCAGACGAGAAGGAAAAACAGGAGGCUGCAAAGGACCUACAGUCACUUCAUUCCUCACCAUGUGAAUGGUUUGUUUGUGACGAUUCAAGCAUAUACACUCGCUGUUUUGUUAUCCAGGGUUCGGACUCAGUGGAAUCAUGGCAAGCAAAUCUCUUUUUCGAGCCUACCGAAUUUGAAGGAACAGAUGUGCUCGUUCAUAGAGGAAUUUAUGAAGCUGCAAAAGGGAUUUAUGAGCAAUUCAUGCCAGAAAUAAUGCAACAUUUAAACAGAUUUGGCGAUCGAGCCAAACUUCAAUUUACUGGUCAUUCUCUUGGGGGCAGUCUUGCUCUUCUAGUCAACAUGAUGCUAUUAACAAGGAAGGUAAUCAAGCCAUCUGCUCUUCUUCCAGUGGUCACUUUUGGAUCGCCGUUUGUGUUCUGUGGUGGCCACAGAAUCCUUAAUGAGUUGGGUUUGGAUGAGAACCACGUUCAUUGUGUGAUGAUGCAUAGAGAUAUCGUCCCAAGAGCAUUCUCCUGCAACUAUCCCAACUACGUUGCCCAAGUCCUCAAACGCUUGAGCAGAACCUUUCGGUCCCACCCUUGUCUAAAUAAGAGUAAAUUAUUAUACUCUCCCAUGGGGAAAAUUUUUAUCCUCCAGCCUGACGAGAAGUCAUCCCCACCUCAUCCUUUACUUCCUUCUGGCAGUGCCCUAUAUGCCUUGGAUUCUACCAACUUUUCCCUUACAAAGACCGCUUUUAGAGCCUUCUUAAAUUCUCCCCAUCCCCUUGAAACUCUAAGUUACCCCACAGCAUAUGGUUCUGAGGGUACAAUCAUAAGGGACCAUGAUUCAAGCAACUACCUGAAGGCAAUGAAUGAAGUUAUAAGACAACACACAAGGCAGGUCAACAAGAAAGUGAGUAAACAGACAAAGCAAUUGUGGCCCCUGUUAACAUCCCAGUCGCCACAUAUGUGGAGCAACAAACGAAAUAUAGGAGAUACAAUGGUGACAAAAGAAAUAUUGACUGGCGUCUAA